ACAAGAGCGCCGCCAGCAACAAUAGAUGACGCAACAGCCGUCACUUUACUGCCGCCGAUAGAGAGAGCAGCGCCAUGCCUCCCAAGCGCAAAAGAUCCGAUCACCGAGGCCUGCCCGACUCUGGCCCCUCCAGACCUCCCCCUCACCGACCCUCCGAUACGUCGCUAGGACAGCAUGACCGAGGCUAUGAUGGAGGACGCGGUGGCCGUAAUGGGAGAAACGCCCGGAGACCCGAUCGUCGCGACUCGAAUCAGCCCUACAACAAUCCCAACCCCCCCAUACCCUCGUCCGCUUCCCGCCCUCCGAGCUCUUCCUCGGCCAACAACCUACCGCCGAUAAACACUGCACCGCCAACACCAGCCCCAAACCCGAUCGCGCCGGCGCCGGCGCCUGCACCAGCUCCGCCACCUCAGCCAACAUACUCGGCACCUCCUUCACCCAUUCAGCCCGGUUACGAUUAUAGCAUCAUCACCGAUGAUCGCGUCUCCAAGUGGUCCAAAGGCGCGCGUCAAGAAGUCAUCGACCAUGGUGUCCAGUCACGCGACGACGAGGACCUUACCGAGGUUGCCGCCAUAUUCCAGGAACUCAUCCACUCUGCUGUCGACGGUCGUCUUCCCGGUUCCGAUGCUGGCAAGGUGAUCAAGGAUAUACUGGGUCCCGAGCCUUCGGAGGCUGAUCGUGCCGCCCUGGCUUUCGAUGCCCAUACCCUGUUUCUCGACACCGUAGCCACCUUUAUGGACGUGGAAAAUGCGCCUUUCCGGCCCCAGCUCCGUGAUCUCAUGUACGCCACAGAGGUGUCGACCACCCUAAUGCGGCAAAUCCUUGACCCUGCAGUUCUCCAGCCACUGGGCCUCGUCCGCGAUACGUUCGUGCGUGUGGGCAUCCGGCAAUCGACGAACUUGCUCUAUCGCCAGGCGAAUUACAAUCUUCUGCGAGAAGAGACAGAGGGCUACUCUAAACUUGUUACCGAACUGUUUACGACUAGCAGUGCGGAACCGCCAUCUUCUGAGGUCGUGCAGGCUGCCUUCAACAAGGUUAUGGGCCUUAUUGGAACAUUUGACCUGCACCCAGGCCGCGUUCUCGAUGUCACGCUGGACGUGUUUGCCUCAGUACUUAUUAAACAGUUCAGGUUCUUUAUCAAAUUCCUGCGCGUGAGUUCCUGGUGGCCUCGUACCCAAAUCAAACUCCCACCCGACACAUUUGUUGGCGGUUUACCUAUAUGGGCCCUUCCCGACCACUCCAACUGGGUUGCGAGCGAGGAGGAAGAAAAGGCUAUUGCUGCCCAGCGUUUAAAACGCGAUGUUGCCUUCUGGGACAGAGCACGCAAGAUUAAACUUGAUGCAUUUUUCGAGCUCGGCGGUAGGCAGGUCACCAACUUGGAAGACGAGGAGCUUCCGGAUGCCAGCAGGAAGAGCGGACAGGAGAACAGUAUUGAAAAGGAUUGGAUCAAAAUCACCAAAACCCUACCACCUACCGGCAACCGUGAUGCAGCCCAGAUGCUGGGCUUCAAGUUGCGUUUCUAUACAACUGAAGCUAGGGAUAGUGAAGACAUGCUCCCUGCAAACCUUCUCUAUCUUGUAGCCCUCCUCAUCAAGGUUGGGUUCAUCACCCUGACAGAUCUUUGGGAGCACAUUUGGCCGCCGGACGACAUGAUGGAGGCUGUCAAAGAAGCCAGGUUCAAGGAGCUGGAAGAGAAGGAGAGGGCAAACCGACCAGGAGAGAAGCCCAAGCUUCCAGAGCCUGAUGACCAAAAGGUUAUUCUUCUCAAGUGUCUUCUCACGAUUGGUGCUAUCCCGGAAUCUUUGUUCAUCAUAGGACGACAUGACUGGAUUCUUCAAGCGCAUCCCGACCUUAUUCCUCUUGUACACCGUAUCCUUCACCACUCUGUCGAAACCGUCUAUCAACAAAGCCGCCCUCAACCGAAAUCUUCGUCUUCGGCCAAUUGCCCUGGCAAGAAACUUCCAGACCCGGACCAAUCUGGGGUUCCCAAGGGAAGUAUUAGGCUCGCCGCCGUCACUCCUAAGCGCGCCUUGAGAUGGCCGUUCCCGGACGCUGAGACCAGUGAAGGAGGUGGAUACCGCUUUUACUGGGACGAGUGGGCGGAUAAUGUUCCUGUCUGUCAAACUGUCGACGACAUCUUCACGCUCUGCGAUACCUUGGUAAACGUAAUUGGCGUGAGCAUCGGCCAGGAUGCUGGUCUGAUUGCGAAGCUCACAAGCAUCGGCGCCAAGAGCAUGGCUGACGAUCAGUCACCGGCCAACCGUUCCCGCUGGCUGUUGCUACUCAAACGCCUGCUUGUGCCUUCCUUGAGUUUGCUGGAAACCAACUCCUCGGUUGUUGAUGGUGUCUGGACCCUUCUCAAACAGUUCCCAAUUCAUGUGCGAUACAACGUCUAUGCCGAAUGGUACGAGGGUCAGACAUCCCGACUCGAACCCAUGAAGAAGGCGUUCGCACGAACCCGACUAGAGACGCUCAGUACCAUGAAGCGUUUGUCUUUAACGAAUAUCCCACAGAUGGCCAAGACCCUUGCCAAAACCGCUUAUCCAUCACCCGGCAUCGUUUGCAAGGUCGCGCUGCAGCAAAUCGAGUCCUAUAGCAACCUGAUUGAGGCCUUCGUGGAGUGCGCCAAGUAUUUCACAGACCUUGGUUACGAUGUCCUCGUUUGGUCUGUUCUUAGCUCUCUUGGUGGACAGCAGAGAAGCCGGACACAAGAAAGCUCGGUGCUGCUUACCAGCAAAUGGCUCCAGGCCCUGUCCAGAUUCUCCGGCAAGGUCUUCCUCCGCUACUCUACUAUGGAUCCCACACCUAUCCUUCGUUAUGUGGACAACCAGCUUUCCAAGGGUAACUCCACUGACCUCGUCAUCCUCAAGGAGUUGAUCUCUUCCAUGGGAGGUGUGGUUUCAGACUUGGAUUUCACCGAUGCACAGCUUCAUGCCAUGACUGGUGGUGAGCUUCUAAGACGCGAAACUCUAACCAACUUGGGCGAUAAGCGUUAUACUUCAACCAAGAGUGCCGACCGACUCAUUCAGGCGCUCAUGACGAACGGACUUGCUGGCCGCCUCCUCGCCAACAUUGCUCAGUACCGCCAAAGCGCCAUUUCUGCGGUCGUUCAAGGCGAUGCUCAUAUCAAGUACCUAGCCACCAUGGCAGACGAUACUCACCAGGUGCUACUGCAGUAUCUGGACCUUCUCCGCAGUAGUCUUGAUGGAGAUACCUUCAACAACCUUGUUCCCAGUGUCAUUCGACUCAUGCGCGACUACGGUCUUGGGGCAGGUCUCGCGUUCUUGAUCGGACGGGCCAGUAUUCGCACGGCUAUGAAUCGAGUCCGAGGCCAGUCGGAGAGUCAGGCGCCGGUUGCCUCAGCUGCCCCUGACACGGACGGAGAUGUGACCAUGACUACAGCAAAUGGCGAUGAUACUGUGAAUACGCUUGCCGCCGACGGCCAAACUACAGCCUCGGCUCAAGGCGCAAAUGAACGGAAAGUGGAUCCCGUUUUGGAGCCUUUCCAACCUGUCAUUGACGAGAUUCCCACUGUCCUGUCAGAGGAUACUCUCCGAUACCUCACUCCCACCUGCUACGUCCUCUUCUGGGCUUUGCAGUUGGGCGACCUUUCUUUCCCGCAGGAUAACUACAGUGACGAAAUUAACAGGCUCAAGAAGCUUGCUAGGGAGGUAAUGAAUGACAGAUCGGACAUGACACGAGCUGGAAUGAACAAGAAGACGCAGAAACAAGCCGAAAUCAACGCUCGAGUAUCAUCUCUUCUCAAGGAAAAUAGCGAAGAGCUCCAACGAUACUCGAAAUUCCGCUUUCAGCUGAGCAGACAGCUUACUACUUGGUUCCCGGCUGAUAUCACGAAAGUCGAUGUGACGGCAGAUACCAUGCUUGAGGAAUGCAUCCUUCCUCGGUUGCAGCUUUCUGCUUUGGAUGCCGAGUACAGCUUCAAGUUCCUCAAGUUCCUUCACGAGUUCUCAGCACCAAAUUUCAAGCUCAUGUCACUCUACGACCGACUAUUCAACCACAACAGGCUCCGCAGUAUGCUCUUCACUUGCACUGUACGUGAAGCGGAGCACAUCGGUCGGUUCUUGAAGUGCAUUCUCAGCGAGCUCUCGAAGUGGCACGGUGACAAGAAUGCUUACGAGAAAGAAGCAUUGGGCUCGAAGGAGGUGCAAGGAAAGAAGACAAGGAACUACGUUGGUUUCGCUACUGCUUUUGACGCGGAUGGGAAACCCACGGCUUUUGUUGAACACGAUGCGUUCCGUGACCUCCUCUUCAAGUGGCAUAAGGAGCUCAACUCAGCACUAAGAGCAUGCCUCAAUGACAUGGAGUGGAUGCAUAUCAGGAAUGCCAUUACCGUUUUGAAGGCUGUCAUCGACUUCUUCCCAGCAAUCAACUUCAUGGCCGAGAAGUUCUUGGAGCAACUCAAAACCAUCACUGAGCGAGAGGCUGCAUCCAAGAACGCUCCUGAGACCGAGGAAGGCCAUCGAGUCGAUCUUUCGGUCACAGCACAGACGGCGUUCUCUGAGCUACAGAAGAGGAAGUCCAAAUGGAUCUUGGUUCAGGCAUUCCGCCCUGGUACAGUAAGUGCAUCGGCUCAGGCUCCGACGCGUACAAACGCUGACCGAGCACAGACGAGUGAUUCGAAGGAGGAAGGCAAGUCCUCUCUUCGCGCUGCGACAGUAGCCCUCAAGCCCAGUUCUCAUGGGCGGAAACAAACCGCCGCCGAGGUUGAAGAUGGUGAAGUCAAGGAUAACAGAAGUGGAAGUGCAAGAUCUAGCGCGGGCUCUGGAAACCAGAAGGACUCGACUCCGACAAGAAACCUCCCUACUAGGGAAGCGCAAAAGGACGCUAAUCCUCCACAAAGAUCGAUGGGAGGUAACGGGCCGCCUCCUCGACCUCCAGCGCCUAACGCAGGCCCGCUACCGUCCAAACUCCCUGGAAACCGCAAUGAUGUCAACAGACCAUCAACUCUAAACCCUGGCGGCCGCGGCCUGCCCAGCAAUCCUGAUCUGCCAAGGAGACCAGAUGUGCCAAUUCCAGAGGUUUUCAGCGCCAGUCAGUUCAACCGAGGCCAGCACAACAUGAACAACAGAAGAGAGCCCCCUUCAUCUAGGGAUAGCCGUGAUGCCCGAGAGCCGCGUGAGACUCGGGAGCCGCGCGAGACACAUCCCCGUGAAACGAGGGAGCCUGUGCAUGGUCGGGAUAGCAGAGACUAUCGAGCCCCGGAAACGUCACGCCCUGAACGACCGCGCGACUUCCCAUCAACCGACAGGCGUCCCGCGGAACCGCCUACAAGGGACUCGUCUCGCCAAAUCGAUAGGGAUUGGCCGAAUCGUGCAGAACUCCCACCUCGUUGGACUGAGCCUGCAGCUGCUCCUGGCCGUGAUGGCCGGCAACCACGAGACAGAACGCCCCACGGUGCUAACCGGCACGAUGGAAGACUCUCUAGGGAAAAUGCAGGUGCGGCACCUUCACCGGCUGCGCCAUCUCACAAUGACGCACCAGAGCCGCCUAUCAACCCGGAACGUGCUCGACUUCUAGCAGAAGCCGAACAGAAGCAGUCUCUUCCCACCCCACCGAGAGCUGCCGAACAGCAGCAUUCUCACAUCAACCCGGCGAGAGCUGCUCUCAUCACCGACAUUCGUGAGCCGCAGGGCCGUUCCUCGUCCAGGGACCAAACUCGCGAACGGCCUCCUCGUACGGAAUCUCCCAGGGCAUCUGAACGGUCGGCGAACAGCCAAGCCGAUAACGCUCGCGACGACCGUCAAGGUCGCCAUCGACAUGCGGAUUACCACAGCAGCAGCCGUGACGGUCAUGCUCACGGAGAUAGCGGAUCGUUACAUGGCCGCCUAGACCGCCCCGCUGAAAUGGAGAGACCAGGAGGAUCCAGAGAUGGUUCAUACAAUCAGCCUCCUCCUCGUGGCAUGGACCAUGACCAUGGCAGACCUGUCCAACAAGAUCCUAACUACGGUAGGCUGAAUCCUAUCCAGUCAGUCGUCGACAGCGGACCGGCACCAGUACUGGCAGCGACUUCGGGGUCCGGUGGUCCACCUCCAUCAGGCCCACGGGGUCGUGGUAGGAAUAACGCUAGAAUGGGUCCUGCUAAUGGAGUCCCAAUACGUCCCGACGGCCGGUUCCCGGGCAUGGAAGCCAACCGUACCUCUUCACCCGAUCGUCAACCCCCGACUGGCCCUUCGUCUUCCCGACAGUCGCGUAGAGGUCAGUAUGACAAUGCAGGCGGCAAUGUCAACGCAACACCUUCUUCCCUGCCUGCCCAAUCUCCGGGUGUCCAUCCUGAUCGGAUGAGCCACAUCAACCAGCAACCACAGCAAAGCGGUCAAUCAAGUCAGCAACAACAACCACAAGCUGGACCUCCGCCGCCUCCGCCCCAACCUCCUUCGGCUCCGGGCGUUCAUCCUGAUCGGUUGAACCAAAUCAAUGGUCCACCUAGCCAUCGACCAACUGGCCCAAGUGCCCAUAACCGGCCUCCGAUCAACACCCCAGAUCGGCCCUCCAUGUCUGCACCCAACAACAGCGGACGGCAACAACCGUCUGGACAGCAUGGCUCGAACUUCGUCACUCCUACCGGCCCAUCAGCUUCUAACAAUGACCGCAUGCGAUCUGGCGGAGGAAGCAGACAGCUUCGUGGUAUCCAGAACAUGCUUGACAAAGCAUCCAUGGACGCUCGUGGGCCUGGUUCGCGCAUGCGCGGGUCGUCAAGAAUCAACACCAUGGUGGACUCGGAUGCCCAAGUACUAGCUGGUGCAUCACCUGGCAACACACCUGUCAAUGACAGGCCCGACCCCCUCAGAGACAUUCGGGAGAGCGGUUCGCGCAGGGAAAUGAGCACGGAUCGCGGCGAUCGGGAACGGGACCGUGGCAGAGACACCAGAGAUCGGGAACCUAGAGAUCGGGAGCCACGUAGUGGUCUGGCGCCCAUCCAAGUUGUCGGCGACAGUCGUGAGGAUUCCUCGUCGAUCCCACACGGCGGUCAUUCCCGUGGUGACGUGAACGGAGAAGGGUACGGCUCCAGCAGCAGAGGAGGAGCCGGCGGCGACCACGAGCGCGGAAGUAGCCGGCACCAUAGCUCUCGUUCGGAGAGAAGCGACAGACCUUCGAGAAGAAGCAGCCGUGAGCGCAACCCUGGUGGUGGUGGUGGUGGUGGUGGUGGUGACGGCAAGGAAUCGAGCUCUAGAAGCGACUAUUCCAGGGAAAGCAGGAGCCGCGGCGGCGGCGGUGGCGGCGGCCCAUCGACGGCCAACGCACCUGGUGGCCCCAGUGCCGACCUUAUGACGGGCGGGUCGUCGCGUGACCGGAGAUCCGGCCGCGAUUCAAAUGCAGGCAGCGGAUCUGGUCACAGAGGCGGUGGAGGAGACAUGCCGCCGCCACCACCCUCAAGAGAACCCAGUCACCGCGGCCAUGGCAGCCACAGAGGUGGAGGCGAUGGAUCAGGUCAUAGCCAGGGUGGAGCGCCGCCUAUGGGAGGUGGAAGGAGUGAUGGCCAUGGUAGGCCACCUCGAGAAUCAAGAUCAUCCAGGCCUAGCGGACCUGGUGGUGGUCAUGAUGACAUGAGAGGAGGCGGUGAUGACAGGUCAAGGAAACGGAGAGGUGAUGGAGUAAUCGAUUCGUCUCAGGGGCUUGGAGGCCAUCAGGACAAGCGGCCGCGUCGCUAGUAGCAAGGCGAUCCGCAUACAUCUGAUGAGUUGAUAUUCCAGACAAGGGAAAAUAAGGAAGAGGAGGCGGAGCGGAAGAGAAAGGAGUACAAAGAGAAGCACUGGAAGAUGAUGGCGAAGUCGAGAAAUGAGCCCACCAUGUCAGCCGUUGCACACGGUGACCCAAGCUUUACCCCGAGUAUGUGGCAGCGUCCUGGUAGGAUACUGGAUGAUGUACGCAUAUCGACUGUAAUGAGGAGGAACUCACUAGAGGCAUAUCCCGCUGAUAUUCCAUCACGAUUCCGUAUCCAGAUGGGGAUAAAGGAAAUCCAACGAAAAAUUGACGAAAUCGUGAACAAAAACAACAACUAAGGACAACGUGACUGUCCGCCAUCCAUGAGGGUGAGAGCGAAAAGGUCAGCGAACGACAACUAUCCAUUCUACCUGUACAUUAUUACAAAAAACAAAACAUUGUGCUUUUGCCGCAUUGUUUGCAUUGCAUGC